GAUUACACACGCACACACAUCUUCUGAACAUACUCGGUCUGAAACUGUCGAUGUACUCAGAAUACUUCCUUUGUUUCCGGAGCAUUUCACCAUAAUUAUUUCCAAAGCCGUCGCCAAACGCCAUGGCCUAUAACUCUCUGAGUGCGAAGAGCAAGACCAACCCGGGGUCGUCCUUCCGCUUAACCCCAACAAGUUCACCUAUCCUCAGACCCUCCACGCGCUCUUCGAUGCACAAAGCACCAACACAGCAAGCUGUUUUAAGUCUUCAGACGGUUAUUGGCACUACCACCAAUUCGCCCAACGGCUUCUCUAGUCAUGCGGGGAGUAAUUCCUUUGCUAUCUGCGCCGGGUCGACCGUGGUCCUAGCAGAGCUCGAUGAACAAAAUACCCUUCAGCAACGCUUCUUCAGGGCGCGACCUUCUGUAACUAGUGUUAACCCUGUUACAUCCUACUAUAAUACUUCUACCCCACCUACUACUCCUGACGGCAGAGCCAAGACGCCGUCAGGCCCAAAAUCUGCAGCACAGAGCAUCGUACAUAACGGCACCCCAAACAGUGAGCUGGUGGACAGCAACAGCUCACGUGGAUGGUCAUCUCGUGAACGAGUAAAAGCAGUUACCAGCGUCGCCAUCAGCUCACACGGAGGGUUGCUAGCAGUAGGCGAGACGGGGUAUGGUCCGAGAGUCCUGAUUUACUCAACCGCCAAAGGCGCCUCUUGUGAUGUUCCGUUAUCGAUUUUGACCGAACAUACGUUCGGAGUGCGUGCACUGUCAUUCAGCCCAGAUUCGCAAUAUCUUGCCACCCUUGGUGAUGUCAAUGAUGGAUUUUUGUUUGUUUGGGCUGUCAAUCCAAAAACCGGAUUAGCCAGGCUUCAUUCCACUAACAAAUGCACUUCCUUCAUUCGCGACAUGGCAUGGGUCGGGCAGACUCUGGUCACGGUAGGGAUCCGACACGUGAAGGUUUGGCGGCUGCCAGACGUGAGACCGGGAUCUCCGAAGUCCCGGCUCAUUGCCGACUCUUGUGCUAGUUCAUCUAAUCAUACGCCGAAAGCUCUUUCCGGAAGAAAUUGCCUGUUGGGAUCGCUGGCAGAAAGCACGUUCACCAGCGUGAUCAGCAUUUCCGACUGCGAAUCGGUAGUGGGCACAGAUACCGGGGCUCUUUGUUUCCUGGAUCAUAAUGAGGGGGCACAGAAACUGUCUGUUGCUCAUUACUUUGAUUAUGCUAUUUCGUCACUAGCAGUAGAUAUGGACAACUCAUGUCUCUGGGUUGGUGGCCGUGGCGGACGAAUUCAGUGCAUGAGUCUGGAGAAGUUGAGGUCAUUGAUCGUUCCAUCCUCUCCUGCGUCUUCUGGUAGAUCUUCGGUGGAGCUGAGCUCAAAGGGACCUACCAUCACAUGCAUGGGAUGCCUUGGUCCCAACUUGGUGGCUGUUGACGCUAGCAACACCAUCAACAUUUUCUCAAUCGAUGAGUUGGGCGUUGAUGUGGAUGUCAAUAGUACUGAAUUGGGAAACACUCUUUCCGCUCACAAAGAUGCCGUUCUUGGUAUAAGUCCGCUCUCGACCCCCAACCUUCUUGAAGCCGAGUUCUAUACCUGGUCCCGCAAUGGAAUAGUGAAAUUCUGGGACGGUAGAGGCAAGUGCCGGGAUUCGCGUUCGAUUGUUCUUGAGCACUCUUCCGGAGUCAAUGAGGAUACCCCCAACGAGCUGAAAGUCUUACACGCUAUUGAGAAUAUGGACUAUUUUGUAUCUGGAGACAGAUGUGGUGUCCUGAGACUCUGGCAGAAUCAGCCGUGGAAGUGCAUUCAAGAAGUUCGAGCUCACGCUGGGGAGAUCACUGACAUCGCUAUGCAUUUCACCUCCCAAGGUCUUCUAAUCGCUAGCUCCAGCCGCGAUCGCACAGUACAAUUGUUUGUAUGGGCCAAUGAUAGCCUGGACUUGAUUCAGACCAUGGACGACCAUGUUGGAGCUGUCAGCCACAUUAUUUUUAUCGAUGAUGGGAAGAGACUGUUGUCUUGCUCCGCUGAUCGUACCAUUCAAAUCAGAGAGAGCGUGAGCCGGGAGGCUCACGGCACGUCUAUGUUUGCUUAUUUGGUCUCUAAAGUGAUAACACUGAAGGCAUCGCCUGUAUCCAUGGCACUACUACCGGGAAACGAGAAUACUCUUAUCGUUUCUACAACGGAUCGCUACAUUCAACGCAUUGACCUGAGUUCUGGUCGACAAACCCAUUGUUUCCGCGCUACUGACGCUGAUUCAGCCGAUACAGUGGUCCUGAAUUCUCUAACUGUAUCUGCUGAGACGUUGGGUCAUGAUUCUCCUAGAAUGCUCGUUGGGGUGUCGGCAUCCGACAAGUCUAUCCGGGUAUAUGAUUUGGACAGAGGUGUCCUUCUCGCAGCUGAGUUUGGACACACUGAGGGCGUCAGUGAUGUGUGUCUGCUAUCGAGGAGCUCAAACUCAACCAGUCAGAUGAAAGAGUUCUCUCUUGUUAGCUCUGGGAAUGAUGGUCUCGUUAUGUUAUGGGAUUUGUCGCUGCUCACUCAAGGAUCUCGAGAUUCCGUGCACCUUGGUAACAGUGAGGAGGAUGAUUCCCCAGCGAAAACCUCCACAGUCGCCAGACCUCCUUUACGCAAAGUCUUGUCCAGGAGCGACAUUGCUGGGUUUCAGCGACAGGAGAAUGUAGCGAUCACGCCAACGCCUGCGCGUGGACAUUCUCCGACAUUCCUACGUAAAUUCGCCAAAUUAACUCUUUCGCCUUCCAUGAGAUCUGGAAGCCUUUCUCCAACAACACCAUCAGCGACGCCCAGUCGCCAGUCUCCUACAUCCAGCACUCACCGAGACAAGGGCCAUGCAUCACCCUCAUUGUGCAAGCAAAAGCCUCCUAGUGCUAAGAAGGCCGUGUGUAGCCGAAAAGAAUCUCGUCGUUCAUCUAUGGACUUUCGCGCUCGAGCAAGAAGCAUGGGGAAAAGCGAUCUUGGGACUCUUGACACGUCCACUGAGCAGGUGUGUCGCACAUUGAAGGCUUAUCGGAAGAAGCUCAACAAUUCGACGGAUUAUUUCCAUGCUCAUAAGGACUUGGAGAGAGAGCUUGAGCUUACGCUGCGUGCCUUGAGGUCUCGGAAUCCAGCAUCCGGGACUCUUGAGAAUGAUACUGAUAGCAGCGGGAAGGAAAACCAAAAGACGUCUAGCGUUGGCGAGCUCCAUGGAGAUUCAUACGGCACUGGGCCUUUGCAGUCAAUGCCAGAAAUUCGACGAACGGAGUCUUCCGCACCUUCGGAGAUCUCUUCCCUCGUCCUGAACGGCGAGGACUGAACGACGAGAGCCUAUUGGCAGGCCAUUGCUCUCUCCCGUCGCAUUUCGUCGCAUUCAAACUUUUUUGUCUUUCAAUCUUUCAUCCAAAUUCUCGAAUGCUACAAGCCAUUCAAGUGGAACCAAUGCACCAAGGAGUCAUCCUGAGUUCGUCGCUUAGGUGGUACCACCUUGGCUGGCUCUAAUCUCGAAAAGUGC